AUGCUCCCGACGAAGGACGGCGGCGGCGGCGACGGGGGGGAGGCGGCGGCGGCGGAAGCGGCGGCGGCGGCGACGGGGGGGAGGCGGCGGCGGCGGAAGCGGCGGCGGCGGCGACGGGGGGAGGCGGCGGCGGCGGAAGCGGCGGCGGCGGCGACGGGGGGGAGGCGGCGGCGGCGGAAGCGGCGGCGGCGGCGACGGGGGGGAGGCGGCGGCGGCGGAAGCGGCGGCGGCGGCGACGGGGGGGAGGCGGCGGCGGCGGAAGCGGCGGCGGCGGCGACGGGGGGAGGCGGCGGCGGCGGAAGCGGCGGCGGCGGCGACGGGGGGGGAGGCGGCGGCGGCGGAAGCGGCGGCGGCGGCGACGGGGGGGGAGGCGGCGGCGGCGGAAGCGGCGGCGGCAGCGACGGGGGGGAGGCGGCGGCGGCGGAAGCGGCGGCGGCGGCGACGGGGGGGAGGCGGCGGCGGCGGAAGCGGCGGCGGCGGCGACGGGGGGGAGGCGGCGGCGGCGGAAGCGGCGGCGGCGGCGACGGGGGGGGAGGCGGCGGCGGCGGAAGCGGCGGCGGCGGCGACGGGGGGGGGAGGCGGCGGCGGCGGAAGCGGCGGCGGCGGCGACGGGGGGGAGGCGGCGGCGGCGGAAGCGGCGGCGGCGGCGACGGGGGGGAGGCGGCGGCGGCGGAAGCGGCGGCGGCGGCGACGGGGGGGAGGCGGCGGCGGCGGCGACGGGGGGAGGCGGCGACGGGGGGGAGGCGGCGGCGGCGGCGGCGACGGGGGGGAGGCGGCGGCGGCGGAGGCGGCGGCGGCGGCGACGGGGGGGAGGCGGCGGCGGCGGAGGCGGCGGCGGCGGCGACGGGGGGGAGGCGGCGGCGGCGGAGGCGGCGGCGGCGGCGACGGGGGAGGCGGGGCGGCGACGGGGGGGAGGCGGCGGCGGCGGGGGCGGCGGCGGCGGCGACGGGGGGGAGGCGGCGGCGGCGGGGGCGCGGCGGCGGCGACGGGGGGGAGGCGGCGGCGGCGGGGGCGGCGGCGGCGGCGACGGGGGGAGGCGGCGGCGGCGGGGGCGGCGGCGGCGGCGACGGGGGGAGGCGGCGGCGGCGGGGGCGGCGGCGGCGGCGACGGGGGGAGGCGGCGGCGGCGGAGGCGGCGGCGGCGGCGACGGGGGGGAGGCGGCGGCGGCGGAGGCGGCGGCGGCGGCGACGGGGGGAGGCGGCGGCGGCGGAGGCGGCGGCGGCGGCGACGGGGGGAGGCGGCGGCGGCGGAGGCGGCGGCGGCGGCGACGGGGGGGAGGCGGCGGCGGCGGAGGCGGCGGCGGCGGCGACGGGGGGGAGGCGGCGGCGGCGGAGGCGGCGGCGGCGGCGACGGGGGGGAGGCGGCGGCGGCGGAGGCGGCGGCGGCGGCGACGGGGGGGAGGCGGCGGCGGCGGAGGCGGCGGCGGCGGCGACGGGGGGGAGGCGGCGGCGGCGGAGGCGGCGGCGGCGGCGACGGGGGGGGGGCGGCGGCGGCGGAGGCGGCGGCGGCGGCGGCGACGGGGGGGAGGCGGCGCGGCGGAGGCGGCGGCGGCGGCGACGGGGGGGAGGCGGCGGCGGCGGAGGCGGCGGCGGCGGCGACGGGGGGGAGGCGGCGGCGGCGGAGGCGGCGGCGGCGGCGACGGGGGGAGGCGGCGGCGGCGGAGGCGGCGGCGGCGGCGACGGGGGGGGGGGCGGCGGCGGCGAGGCGGCGGCGGCGGCGACGGGGGGGAGGCGGCGGCGGCGGAGGCGGCGGCGGCGGCGACGGGGGGGAGCGGCGGCGGCGGAGGCGGCGGCGGCGGCGACGGGGGGGAGGCGGCGGCGGCGGAGGCGGCGGCGGCGGCGACGGGGGGAGGGCGGCGGCGGCGGAAGCGGCGGCGGCGGCGACGGGGGGGAGGCGGCGGCGGCGGAAGCGGCGGCGGCGGCGACGGGGGGGAGGCGGCGGCGGCGACGGGGGGGAGGCGGCGGCGGCGGAAGCGGCGGCGGCGGCGACGGGGGGGAGGCGGCGGCGGCGGAAGCGGCGGCGGCGGCGACGGGGGGGAGGCGGCGGCGGCGGAAGCGGCGGCGGCGGCGACGGGGGGGAGGCGGCGGCGGCGGAAGCGGCGGCGGCGGCGACGGGGGAGCGGCGGCGGCGGAAGCGGCGGCGGCGGCGGCGGCGACGGGGGGAGGCGCGGCGGGCGGAGGCGGCGGCGGCGGCGGCGGCGGCGGCGGCGGCGGAAGCGGCGGCGGCGGCGACGGGGGGGAGGCGGCGGCGGCGGAUGCGGCGGCGGCGGCGGCGGCGACGGGGGGGAGGCGGCGGCGGCGGAAGCGGCGGCGGCGGCGGCGGCGACGGGGGGGAGGCGGCGGCGGCGGAAGCGGCGGCGGCGGCGGCGGCGACGGGGGGGAGGCGGCGGCGGCGGAAGCGGCGGCGGCGGCGGCGGCGACGGGGGGAGGCGGCGGCGGCGGAAGCGGCGGCGGCGGCGACGGGGGGGAGGCGGCGGCGGCGGAAGCGGCGGCGGCGGCGACGGGGGGGGAGGCGGCGGCGGCGGAAGCGGCGGCGGCGGCGACGGGGGGGAGGCGGCGGCGGCGGAAGCGGCGGCGGCGGCGACGGGGGGGAGGCGGCGGCGGCGGAAGCGGCGGCGGCGGCGACGGGGGGGAGGCGGCGGCGGCGGAAGCGGCGGCGGCGGCGACGGGGGGAGGCGCGGCGGCGGAAGCGGCGGCGGCGGCGGCGGCGACGGGGGGAGGCGGCGGCGGCGGAAGCGGCGGCGGCUGCGGCGGCGACGGGGGGGAGGCGGCGGCGGCGGAAGCGGCGGCGGCGGCGGCGGCGACGGGGGGGAGGCGGCGGCGGCGGAAGCGGGGCGGCGGCGGCGGCGACGGGGGGGAGGCGGCGGCGGCGGCGACGGGGGGGAGACGGCGGCGGCGGAAGCGGCGGCGGCGGCGACGGGGGGGAGGCGGCGGCGGCGGAAGCGGCGGCGGCGGCGACGGGGGGGAGGCGGCGGCGGCGGAAGCGGCGGCGGCGGCGACGGGGGGGAGGCGGCGGCGGCGACGGGGGGGAGGCGGCGGCGGCGGAAGCGGCGGCGGCGGCGACGGGGGGAGGCGGCGGCGGCGGAAGCGGCGGCGGCGGCGACGGGGGGGAGGCGGCGGCGGCGGCGGCGACGGGGGGGAGGCGGCGGCGGCGGAAGCGGCGGCGGGGGCGGCGGCGACGGGGGGGAGGCGGCGGCGGCGGAAGCGGCGGCGGCGGCGGCGGCGACGGGGGGGAGGCGGCGGCGGCGGAAGCGGCGGCGGCGGCGGCGGCGACGGGGGGGAGGCGGCGGCGGCGGAAGCGGCGGCGGCGGCGACGGGGGGGAGGCGGCGACGGCGGAAGCGGCGGCGGCGGCGACGGGGGGGAGGCGGCGGCGGCGGAAGCGGCGGCGGCGGCGACGGGGGGGAGGCGGCGGCGGCGGAAGCGGCGGCGGCGGCGACGGGGGGGAGGCGGCGGCGGCGGAAGCGGUGGCGGCGGCGACGGGGGGGAGGUGGUGGCGGCGGAAGCGGCGGCGGCGGCGACGGGGGGAGGCGGCGGCGGCGGAAGCGGCGGCGGCGGCGACGGGGGGGAGGCGGCGGCGGCGGCGACGGGGGGGAGGCGGCGGCGGCGGAAGCGGCGGCGGCGGCGACGGGGGGAGGCGGCGGCGGCGGAAGCGGCGGCGGCGGCGACGGGGGGGAGGCGGCGGCGGCGGAAGCGGCGACGGCGGCGACGGGGGGGGCGGCGGCGGCGGAAGCGGCGGCGGCGGCGACGGGGGGGGAGGCGGCGGCGGCGGAAGCGGCGGCGGCGGCGACGGGGGGGAGGCGGCGGCGGCGGAAGCGGCGGCGGCGGCGACGGGGGGAGGCGGCGGCGGCGGAAGCGGCGGCGGCGGCGACGGGGGGAGGCGGCGGCGGCGGAAGCGGCGGCGGCGGCGACGGGGGGGAGGCGGCGGCGGCGGAAGCGGCGGCGGCGGCGACGGCGGGGGGGGGGAGGCGGCGGCGCGGAAGCGGCGGCGGCGGCGACGGGGGGGGGCGGCGGCGGCGGAAGCGGCGGCGGCGGCGGAAGCGGCGGCGGCGGCGACGGGGGAGGCGGCGGCGGCGGCGGAAGCGGCGGCGGCGGCGACGGGGGGGCGGCGACGGGGGGGAGGCGGCGGCGGCGGAAGCGGCGGGGCGCGGCGACGGGGGGGAGGCGGCGGCGGCGGAAGCGGCGGCGGCGGCGACGGGGGGGAGGCGGCGGCGGCGGAAGCGGCGGGGGGCGACGGGGGGGAGGCGGCGGCGGCGGAAGCGGCGGCGGCGGCGACGGGGGGGAGGCGGCGGCGGCGGAAGCGGCGGCGGCGGCGACGGGGGGGAGGCGGCGGCGGCGGAAGCGGCGGCGGCGGCGACGGGGGGGAGGCGGCGGCGGCGGAAGCGGCGGCGGCGGCGACGGGGGGGAGGCGGCGGCGGCGGAAGCGGCGGCGGCGGCGACGGGGGGGAGGCGGCGGCGGCGGAAGCGGCGGCGGCGGCGACGGGGGGGAGGCGGCGGCGGCGGAAGCGGCGGCGGCGGCGACGGGGGGGAGGCGGCGGCGGCGGAAGCGGCGGCGGCGGCGACGGGGGGAGGCGGCGGCGGCGGAAGCGGCGGCGGCGGCGACGGGGGGGAGGCGGCGGCGGCGGAAGCGGCGGCGGCGGCGGCGGCGACGGGGGGGAGGCGGCGGCGGCGGAAGCGGCGGCGGGGGCGGCGGCGACGGGGGGGCGGGGCGGCGGAAGCGGCGGGGGCGGCGGCGGCGACGGGGGGGAGGCGGCGGCGGCGGAAGCGGCGGCGGCGGCGGCGGCGACGGGGGGGAGGCGGCGGCGGCGGAAGCGGCGGCGGCGGCGACGGGGGGGAGGCGGCGGCGGCGGAAGCGGCGGCGGCGGCGACGGGGGGAGGCGGCGGCGGCGGAAGCGGCGGCGGCGGCGACGGGGGGGAGGCGGCGGCGGCGGAAGCGGCGGCGGCGGCGACGGGGGGGAGGCGGCGGCGGCGGAAGCGGCGGCGGCGGCGACGGGGGGGAGGCGGCGGCGGCGGAAGCGGCGGCGGCGGCGACGGGGGGGAGGCGGCGGCGGCGGAAGCGGCGGCGGCGGCGACGGGGGGGAGGCGGCGGCGGCGGAAGCGGCGGCGGCGGCGACGGGGGGGAGGCGGCGGCGGCGGAAGCGGCGGCGGCGGCGACGGGGGGGAGGCGGCGGCGGCGGAAGCGGCGGCGGCGGCGACGGGGGGGAGGCGGCGGCGGCGGAAGCGGCGGCGGCGGCGACGGGGGGGAGGCGGCGGCGGCGGAAGCGGCGGCGGCGGCGACGGGGGGGAGGCGGCGGCGGCGGAAGCGGCGGCGGCGGCGACGGGGGGGAGGCGGCGGCGGCGGAAGCGGCGGCGGCGGCGGCGGCGACGGGGGGAGGCGGCGGCGGCGGAAGCGGCGGCGGCGGCGGCGGCGACGGGGGGGAGGCGGCGGCGGCGGAAGCGGCGGCGGCGGCGGCGGCGACGGGGGGAGGCGGCGGCGGCGGAAGCGGCGGCGGCGGCGGCGACGACGGGGGGAGGCGGCGGCGGCGGAAGCGGCGGCGGCGGCGACGGGGGGGAGGCGGCGACGGCGGAAGCGGCGGCGGCGGCGACGGGGGGGAGGCGGCGGCGGCGGAAGCGGCGGCGGCGGCGACGGGGGGGAGGCGGCGGCGGCGGAAGCGGCGGCGGCGGCGACGGGGGGGAGGCGGCGGCGGCGGAAGCGGCGGCGGCGGCGACGGGGGGGAGGCGGCGGCGGCGGAAGCGGCGGCGGCGGCGACGGGGGGGAGGCGGCGGCGGCGGAAGCGGCGGCGGCGGCGACGGGGGGGAGGCGGCGGCGGCGGAAGCGGCGGCGGCGGCGACGGGGGGGAGGCGGCGGCGGCGGAAGCGGCGGCGGCGGCGACGGGGGGGAGGCGGCGGCGGCGGAAGCGGCGGCGGCGGCGACGGGGGGGAGGCGGCGGCGGCGGAAGCGGCGGCGGCGGCGACGGGGGGGAGGCGGCGGCGGCGGAAGCGGCGGCGGCGGCGACGGGGGGGAGGCGGCGGCGGCGGAAGCGGCGGCGGCGGCGACGGGGGGGAGGCGGCGGCGGCGGAAGCGACGGGGCGGCGACGGGGCGGCGGAGGCGGCGGCGGCGGCGACGGGGGGGAGGCGGCGGCGGCGGAAGCGGCGGCGGCGGCGACGGGGGGAGGCGGCGGCGGCGGAAGCGGCGGCGGCGACGGGGGGGAGGCGGCGGCGGCGGAAGCGGCGGCGGCGGCGACGGGGGGGAGGCGGCGGCGGCGGAAGCGGCGGCGGCGGCGACGGGGGGGAGGCGGCGGCGGCGGAAGCGGCGGCGGCGGCGACGGGGGGGAGGCGGCGGCGGCGGAAGCGGCGGCGGCGGCGACGGGGGGGAGGCGGCGGCGGCGGAAGCGGCGGCGGCGGCGACGGGGGGGAGGCGGCGGCGGCGGAACCGGCCGCGGCGGCGACGGGGGGGAGGCGGCGGCGGCGGAACCGGCCGCGGCGGCGAUGCGCUUGCUAGAGUAUUCUAG